CCCCACAGCAACACCGCCUCAAUGGCUGCUGCUUCUGCAUCUUCUACCCAUCGUAGUCUUUCCUCUUAUCCUUAUUCUAUAGAAAACACCGCCAUACGGUCUCGUCAUCGACAUUAUUUUUCUUCACCUCGUGAUCGAAAACGAAAAGUGGGAGAUUCCUAUAUAGAAAAUGGAGUUUCAUACAUACAGAUCUACAAGAAGAUGAAGAGCUGUGAUGACGAGGUAUCUGCUGAUGAUUAUCGUCACCAGGAUGAUCCAGAUCCUACUGUUGAAGAAGAACGACCACCAUAUAUUAUUGAUGUUCAAGGACCUCCUAGGGUCGGUAAAUCUCUUUUGAUUAAGAGUUUGGUCAGUUUCUAUACCAGGGGAAAUCAUUGCGACAUGGCAGGGCCUAUCAGAAUUUUAGCAGGUAUAUUUGUUAUUUCAUAUCUUGAUUUGCUUCAUUAG